ACGCCCGCCGAGCCUCCAUUCCGUACCGGUAUCUGACGCACACCGCAGGCGAACCAUGCGCGUGAGCAUACUACCCGGACUAUUAGGAGUUAUAGGACCAUAGGACCAUGCACCCAGGGGUGAGCACUAUUGUCUUUCAAAACGAAACGCGGACGCGAGCUGCAUUACAAUCAGUGUGAGAGUUUCGGCGACAUGUGAAUACAAAGUCGUUGUCGAUAACGCAUCGGACGAACGAAUUACUGGAGGAAGGACUAUCGGCUGAUUAAGACGUCUGUGUUUGUGAACUUGUGAAGGAUUGUAGGCUGUGAUAUCCGAACAUUUUGUGCCUAAGUGUACUAAGGAUCUACUACUCAAAUGAAUCUGUAAACCUGUUGAUGUAACGGGCUUCACAAUGGACUCAACGGUACCCCGCGUCAUACUGAGCAUAGUUCUGGCGGCCCUGCUCCCAAUGGCGUCUCCGCACAGUCAAGCUAAGGAGAACAUCCCCCACUCCCGGCAGAAGAGGAUACUCUGGAUCACGAACGAUGGCCGACUGGCGUUGCCUCCUGGGACGACCAUGACGAUAACGCCUUCGCUGUCGAUGCCGUUUGUGAGGCAUCCGCCGAAGGGGUUUUUGUCUAAUGUAUCUGUUAAUUUUCCUUUUACAAUUGACUUCGACAAACUGGGUCUCACGGACAACGAGAAUCCCUAUGGCACUUUACCACCGAUCCUAGCACGAUCCAUGGGAAGUGCAGCUGCGUCAAUGAUGGCCCAAUAUGUGGGCCAGUAUCUAGAGAGGAGACGGGGCAAAAGAGCGGCUGAUGUGGCUCCGGAGGUGGAGACGGCAAUAUUGGACAGACUACAUGGAGGAGAGAGAGCCAUAAUGUACAGCAUCGCAGAGGACAUGUUCACCAACUUCGGUAUGGAAGGACGGGAGUGCCUCCUGCGCGCCAUCUGUGAGAUUCACGCGCAUCCUCUCACCAACUUUGGCUUCCUUGGAGAAGUCAUGAAGCUGUUUUUCACGCCAAGCAAAUCGCCGUACGCGACUCUGCUGUCAGAAUAUGUGGAAGCCCAAAAGCGGGCGAAAAGGGCGGUGAAUGCUGGCCAUAUUACCGACUCUGCCCGCGCAGCAUCUUCCAACCCUCGCCCAAUAAAUACUCAAAAGAAGCAGAAGAUCUACACAGGCGGCAAGAACAUGACAACAUAGACAACAAUAUUGAUAUAGACGGAAUACGAGCGAUGUAGUGAACAGGCUGUACCAGGGUCGGAUCUAGGACAAAAUCUAACCAAUGAGAAGCUUUUUGGUGCAUUUGUCACCAUCAGGGUGCGUAGCCGAAUGGCGCAAACGCUCACGAAAUGCUCACGAAACGAAACGCUAGUAGAUAUCUAUCUCUAUCGCUCUUACGUAUUGGCGCGACAGAGCCAGACUACCUUUCGCGGCGUUUCGUUUUCGUUUGGCGUCGUAGAAAUGCCAUUCGGCUACGGGGCCAGGUAUAUCGAAGUGACCAAGGUUCUACCAAAUAUCCAAGCGCCUUCUUUCUCAUGGAGCAAGUGCAAGAGAUUUUCAACACCUCAGCUGUUUCGAUAUAUCUGAACUUAUGGCCAACUAGAAAGUCGUUUUUUGUGAUGUCUAUAUAGCAGGUUCUCUUCUCAUCGGUUAGGUUCUAGAUCCGGUCUUGAUGAAGUGCCAGUAGAUUGUCCCAAAAUUAGUGUAGUCUCCGACCAAAGUUGAUCGUAAUUAGUCUAAAUUAUUUAUUCAUUAGUGCCAUUCCGUGAUGCAUUUAUCUAGAUAAUCUAAAGUUUUGUCGACAGUGUUUGAUAUAUUUCAUAAGUGUUCAUGUAGGUAUAAUAACUAUAAGUUCUCUAAUGCUCUUGAUUUCUUUUUAAUAUUUAAAAAAUAAAACCUUAAUUAAUGAGAUUUUAACUGUGUUAAGUACGUUUUUUUAUUCAAAUGUUUUACAGUUGACUUUUAAGUAAGAAUGUCAAAGUCCUACUUAGCUAGUGAUUUUUGUAAA